AUGUCGUCCCCAAUCCAUGUCAACGAUUCAAUCCAGGCUAUUGACGGCACUUCUUGGUUGAUUGGCGAGAAGCUCCUCCUCUCUCGUCAAGCUUCUCCGCCCCCCAACCCCAACCAGUCAUUAUGGAGCGAUGGUAGAGGAGCGUUUUUUGUCCUCUCCGAUGCCCCUUCACCCUUGCCCCAAUGCCAACCACACCCAGCCGACUCGGCCGAGCUGCCCCGAGUCUACGCCGCCGGAGACCAGUCAGCUGUUUGGCGCGCCGGAGAAGCCUUUAUCAAAGCGCAAAACCUCUCGGACCCAAAGAGCACCCGGGAGCACGUCACACUUGAAUUCUUACACAGCAAAAAGCCUCUCGACUACAAGAUCCCUAACGUGCUCUACCAUGGCGAGUGGGAUGGCCGGUAUUAUAUAAUCGUCUCUCGUAUACCAGGGCAGACGCUGACAGAGGCUUGGCCUACUAUGGACGAGGAGUUGCGGCAGUAUUAUGUUCAUCGCGUUGCAGAGCUAUGCGCGAAGAUGGCCGAGUGGAAAGGCGAAGCGAUUUGUGGAGUCGACGGAGGUCAGUUGACGGAACUAUAUUUGAGGAAGGGCAAGACUCUAGAUCCCGAGAUCCUCGAAGAGAAUUGCAUUGGGAUUGGCAUGGAUGUUUCUUCUUUGGUGUUCUAUCACUGCGAUCUAGGGCCAGGAAAUAUUCUUGUUGAGCCUGAUAAUAACCGAGGGAUAGGAAUUAUCGACUGGGAGACUGCCGGGUACGUCCCGAGAGAGUGGGUUAGGACAAAGUUUCACCUCUCUUCGGGGAUGGAUUUCCCUGAUGUGGAGGAUAUGCAUAAGUCGGACUGGCGACGUCUUGUUUCUAGGAAACUGGCUGCGAUGGGGUUUAAAGAGGUGAUUGAUGGGUGGCUAGCCUUUCCAAGCGCAUAG